AUGAGUGAUACAUCUGCGACCAAGACUGAAAUUCGGGUGAUAAUAGUCGGAGGGUCUGUCGCUGGCCUGACGCUGGCACACUGCCUGGCGAAAGCAAACAUCAGUCAUGUAGUGCUGGAAAAGCGCGCCGAGAUCAGUCCGCAAGAGGGCGCGUUCCUAGGCAUCUGGCCCAAUGGAGGCCGAAUCUUUGACCAGCUGGGUGUCUAUGCUGACCUGGAACAAUGCACGGUGCCGAUACACACGAUGAGGGUGCGAUUUCCAGAUGGGUUCUCCUUCAGCAGUGAGCUGCCGAGAUGUGUCCAAGAAAGGUUCGGAUAUCCGAUUGUAUCCCUCGAUCGCCAGAAAGUCCUGGAGAUUCUCCACGAUCGCUACCCGGCCAAGUCCAACAUCCACAUCAACAAGAGGGUAACUGAAAUUCGACAAACCGAGCGGGAAGCCCAGGUGGUCACAGACGACGGGGCCGUAUACAAGGGGGACUUGGUCGUUGGGGCGGAUGGGAUACACAGUGCAGUGCGUGCUGAAAUGUGGCGGCAGGCCAAAGGUCUCGUUGGUCGACGAGAUGGACAAGCAUUUGCGGUCGAAUAUGCCUGCGUUUUCGGAAUCUCGACCCCCAUCCCCGGGUUGGAGAGCGGGGAGCAUGUCAACUCCUACUCAGACGGGCUCUGUGUCAUUACCUUCCACGGUAAGGAUGGCCGCAUUUUCUGGUUUAUCCUCAUCAAGUUGCACAAGAGGUUUGUCUACCCAAAGACUCCGCGCUUCUCAGCCAGCGAUGCGGCCAAGGUUUGUGCCGAGUACGCCAGUGUACCAGUCUGGGGCGAGAUAUGCGUCAGGGACCUCUGGAGGAACAAGACGUCAGCUUCCAUGACUGCUCUAGAGGAGGGCCUGCUAAAGACCUGGAACUUCAAGCGCGUAGUCCUCCUCGGCGAUAGCAUCCACAAAAUGACGCCCAAUAUCGGGCAAGGCGCCAAUACCGCCGCAGAAGACGCAGCAGUUCUCGCCUCUCUACUACAAAGACUAUCGACUUCGGCAUCGUCGACCACCAGUGGCACAAUAGACGCUGUGCUACGAGAAUACGUUUCGCUGAGGUACAAGCGCGUGAAAAGCACAUACCAACGCGCGUACUUUGGCGCCAGGCUGCACACGAGGGACAACGUGCUAAAGUGCUUUGUUGGCCGCUACAUCUUUCCGCGCUUCAGCCAGCAGGUGCUUGAGAGGACAUCGCAAGCCAUUGCAGGUGCCCCUCUGGUGGAUUUCUUACCCACACCGAAGAGGUCGGGCGCUGGAUGGAGCGACUACGCUGGGAGUCCAGAGGUUGGCGCACCGACCGUCCCUUGGCUGGUGAUUUCGUUGCCGGUUCUGGCUUCAGUAUUGUGUUAUCUUAUGUUUGCCUAG